AUGGCCGCCGUUUCCUUCUGCCUGGCAGUUCUGCUAAUUGUCGCUAGGGGCGCGGCUGGCGGGGAGAGGGCGCGUUUUGACCACUACCAGGUGUUCCGACUGAAACCCAGCUCCGCCUCGCUGCUGCACCUACUCAAUGCGCUCAACGCAAGGCCUGACGGGCUGGAGUUCCUGAGCGAGCCCAGCGCCGUGGCGCGGUCGGUGGACGUGAUGGUGCCGCACCAGCAGCCCAGCUUCAGAGACCUGCUGACCACCAGCGGCAUCGGCUACAGCGUCACCAUACCGCACGUCCAGAGGCUCUUAGAGGACGGUGGGAGCAGUGGCAAGAACAGCACGGACUACGACUGGGAAACGUACCAGCAUCUGCCUCAGGUGAACGCGUGGAUAGGCGCCACCGUGGUCCGACACCCUGAGGCGACUUCGAUCCUGGUGGCGGGCAGCUCGUUCGAGGGGCGACCGCUCAAGGGCGUCCGGUUAUGCCACGGGCCCGGCAGACCCGUCGUCUUCGUGGAGGCCGGCAGACGAGGCGCGGAGUGGCCGUCCGUGUCGACGGCGACGUUCCUGGUCCACCAGCUGCUCACCAACGACAGCGAGGCUGUGCGGCGCGUGGCCCAGGCCUCCGACUGGCACGUCCUGCCCACGGCCAACCCAGACGGCUACAACUACGCGCACACCACCGACCGCAUUUGGCGUAAGGAACCGGCGUCCGGGUCCCAAUGGCUCCAAAUCGCAACUGGGACUUCAACUGGGGUGAUGGAAGUGGCCAACAUAUCGGCGGAAGCACUUUCUAGAAGAUAUGGCACCAAAUAUCAGACAGGAACUAUCUUCGACAUCACCGGAGGCGCGUCCGGCAGCAGCGUGGACUGGGUGAAGAAGUGGCUGGGCGCGCGCUUCGUGUUCGAGUACGAGCUGCGCGACGCGGGUGACUUGGGGCUGCUGCUGCCCGCCGCGCAGGUGCGGCCCACCGCCGAGGAGGCGGCCGACAGCCUCGUCGCCAUGAUGAGAGAGGUGCUAGCCCCCACCGCAGCUCCACACUAG